AUGGCCUAUGACCGCUUUGCGGCCAUCUGCAGACCUUUGCACUAUGAGACCCUCAUGAGCAGCAGAGCUUGUGUGAAAAUGGCAGCAGCUGCCUGGGGCAAUGGUUUCCUCAGUGGUCUCCUGCACACUGCUAACACAUAUUCACUACCACUCUGCAAAGGUAAUACUGUGGAGCAGUUCUUCUGUCAAGUUUCCCAGCUCCUCAAGUUUUCCUACUCAGACUCCUACCUCAGGGAGGCUGCUAUUAUGAUAUUUACCCUUUGUUUAGGAUUUGGAAGCUUUGUUAUUGCUGUGCUGUCCUACGUGCAGAUCUUCACUGCUGUGCUGAGGAUCCCCUCUGAGCAGGGUCAACACAAAGCCUUUUCCAUGUGCCUCUCUCACCUGGCCAUAAUCUCCCUUUCUCUCAGCACCAUCAUGAUUGCCUCCCUCAAGCCCCCCUCCAUCUCCUCCCUAUCCCUGGAUCCUGGGGUGGCUGUUCUGUAUGUGGUGGUGCCUCCAGCAGCGAACCCCCUCAUCUACAGCUUGAGCAACAAGGAGCUCAAGGUUGUGCUGAGAAAAUUGCUUCAUCAGGUACAAUGUCAGCACCCUUAA